GAGGGAGGGGGCCGUAGCAAGGGCACUUUGCUAGUGGUGGGGGUGGGUGCAGCCUGCGAAAGUGUCAUGGCUGCGGCCGCGGAACUUAGUCUCCCAAGCAGCGGUGACAGGAGCUUGCAGCAGAACUGCAGCCCCAACCUCUCCCGAGAGGUGCUCUGCGAAAUCUUUGGCUCCCUGUGCACCUUGGCUGGACAGCUUAAUCUCAGAGAUGACGUGGUGAAAAUUACAGUCGAUUGGAAGAAACUCCAGAGUAUCUCGACAUUCCAGCCUGCACUGCUCUUUAGUGCGCUUGAGCAACAUGUUUUAUAUUUACAGCCUUUUUUAGCAAAACUUCAGCCUCUGAUUAAAGAGGAGACUGCAACUGCUGUUGAAGAGAUACGAAAAACAGAAACAGGCAACAAGAAUGAAGCGAGUGCCAAAUUUCCACUUGGCAACCUACAAAAGGAGGAAAAGCACAAAGAUUGUGAUUUAGGAGAUGUGAAAAAAAUACAGAUCCAUUUUGAUCCAGAAAUAGUUCAAAUAAAGGCUGGAAAAGCAGAAAUUGACAGACGAAUAUCUGCAUUUAUUGAAAGAAAGCAAGCUGAAAUAAAUGAAAACAACGUCAGGGAAUUCUGCAAUGUUAUUGAUUGUAAUCAAGAAAAUAGUUGUGCAAGAACUGAUGCCGUUUUUACCCCUUACCCCGGAUUUAAAAGUCAUGUAAAGGUUUCUAGAGUUGUGAAUACCUAUGGACCACAGACUAGACCUGAAGGAGUUCAAGGGUUGGGUCAUAAACCUAACAGCAUGCUUCGAGAUUGUGGUAAUCAGGCCGUAGAAGAACGACUACAAAAUAUUGAGGCUCACUUGCGAUUACAGACAGGUGGUCCAGUACCAAGAGACAUUUAUCAGAGAAUUAAAAAACUUGAGGAUAAAAUCCUUGAAUUGGAAGGUAUCUCUCCUGAAUAUUUUCAAUCACUAGACAUUACAAAACAGUGUUGUGCUGAAUUUUUCUGGAAAAAGAAGAAAAGUUCAACCACCUCAGCAGAACUAUUCACUGGCAGAACUUGAUGAGAAAAUUAGUGCCCUCAAACAAGCCCUGCUCAGAAAAUCAAGAGAAGCAGAAUCUAUUGCAACUCACCACCUUCCAUGAAAAACUCCCCUCAUCCUUGUCAUUUUACUUUUUUGUAUACAUUCAUUAACAUAUGCUCUAAUUAAUUAAAUGGAUAUGUAUUUAUCAACACAGACUUCCUUAUGAAGUCAAGGUUUAUUUUCAUGUGAGUCUAGUUUGUAGCAAGUAAUCUUCAAAUAGUGAGUUUAGAGAUAGUGAUGCAUUAAAAAUAAGAUAUUGGAACUUAUUCCCUUCUUUUAUAAAGGAGGUAUUUUGGAAAUCAAAAAACUUAAUUUUAAAGUACAAUCUUUUUUUUUGUGGACCACAGAAUGGAAGAUUUAUUUUGGAUAGUGAUACUAAAAGGACUUGAUAUUUGUAAAAUUGGUGUUAACCAGUUUAUUAGUUUACAGUACUUUGUAUAUAAUAGGCGUUCAGCAAAAAUUAGACUGAAAUGAAUUUUAAAUGCAUGUAUAAGCUUGUUUUUUUAUUUUUCAAGUGUCAGACAAUUUUAACAUAAAUAAGCAAUAGAAUUCUUUUGUACAUAGAUUACAACUUUAGCUCCUUAUUGGGUAUGUGACCUUGAACAGGUUCCUUAUUCUCUCUUGGUGCUUUAACUUCCUUAUGUGUAAAAUGGGGAUGAUGAUAAUAGCACCUACUUCAUUGGCUGUAAUGAAGAAUAGGUGAGUCAAUGCAUGUACAACUUUUGAAAUAAAGUCAGGCUCAAGAGAACUGUUCAAUAAAUGUUAGCUGUUGUAUAAAACCAGGUCUGUCUUUGGGCAGUAGGUGAUACAAAUUAUAGUGCCUGUCUUGAAAUCCUCA